AUGAAGUAUAUUUCUAGAGCUAGAUCAUCAUCCCCAUCUUCUAGCGUCCUCAAACAUACUGAAACGGUUGCCAUGUUGAGAAAUGAUGAUGGUGAUGGGGUUCAUUCGGAAGUACAAAGCCAGCCUGAAGACACGCUUGAAUGGCUUUCCAUGAGUCUAUCUGAGGUACUUGGCGCAAUUAAAAUUAUGGAUAAGUUUGAUAUUCUAGAAGAGAAAAGAGACAAUAACAGCAAGCUCUUUGAAGAUGCUGAGAGUGAAUUGGAAGUUUUUCAAGAACAAAAGAAGAGGUACCUAUAUUCAAAUUUAACCAUAAUAGUACUUACAUGUGAAAGAGAGACAAAGCUUGCCAAUCUCCUCUGUAGUGUUCCUCUCGAUGGUUGUUCUCAGACAUGUAGAGAUGUAGAGAUGACAAAAUCAGCUGAAGCACAUAUAUGCCGUCUAGUUGUAUCACAUUCCUCUUCGGCCACUGUAAGUCAUGUCCAAUGCCAUCAACGUGCCUUGUUGCUCCAAUUGAAGAACAACUUGAUAUUCAACCCUGAAAAAUCUUCAAAGCUAGUUCAUUGGAACCAAAGUGAAUAUGAUUGUUGCAAAUGGCAUGGUGUAACAUGCAAAGAUGGACAUGUUACAGCCCUUGAUCUUAGUCGAGAGUCUAUUUCCGGAGGACUUAACGAUUCAAGUGCCAUUUUCAGCCUGCAAUAUCUGCAGGGUCUGAAUUUGGCUUUUAAUAAGUUUAAUUUUGUGAUUCCUCAAGCGCUGCAUAAACUGCAGAAUUUGAGGUAUCUCAACUUGUCUGAUGCUGGCUUUGAGGGGCAGGUCCCAAAAGAAAUUGCUCACCUUACAAGGUUGGUUACUCUUGAUUUGUCUUCUUUAAUUACUUCACGUCAAAGCCUAAAACUUGAGAAUCCAAAUAUAGAAAUGCUUGUGAAAAACCUUACAGAUAUCACAGAAUUGUAUCUAGACGGUGUAGCAAUAUCUUCCAGCGGAGAUGAAUGGGGUCGUGCUUUAUCUUUAUUGGAGGGUGUUCGUGUUUUGACCAUGUCGUCGUGCAAUCUCUCAGGAGCUAUUGAUUCUUCACUAGCUAAGCUUCAGUCACUCUCUGUUCUAAGAUUAAACAACAACAAAUUGUCAAGCAAAGUGCCUGAUUCCUUUGCAAAUUUAUCCAAUUUAACAAUCCUAGAAAUCAGUAGUUGUGGCUUGAAUGGUUUUUUCCCAAAGGAUAUCUUCCAAAUCCACACAUUAAAGGUCCUUGACAUAUCAGACAAUCAAAAUCUUAGUGGUUCUUUGCCAGACUUCUCACCACUUGCAUCUCUUAAGUACCUAAAUCUUGCCGAUACAAAUUUCUCAGGACCACUACCAAAUACUAUCUCAAAUCUGAAGCACCUGUCGACUAUUGAUCUAUCUCACUGCCAAUUCAAUGGAACACUUCCCAGUUCAAUGUCUGAACUCACCCAAAUUGUUUAUCUAGACUUGUCAUUUAAUAACUUCACAGGCUUACUCCCUUCUUUGAGCAUGUCCAAGAACCUCACAUAUCUAUCCCUCCUUGGAAAUUAUUUAAGUGGAAAUUUACCAUCCAACUAUUUUGAGGGCCUCAUAAAUCUUGUUAGCAUCAAUUUCGGUAUCAAUUCUUUCAACGGUGAUGUGCCAUCAUCUGUUCUUACACUCCCAAGUUUGAGAGAACUGAAGCUUCCCCAUAAUAAGCUUAGUGGUAUCUUGGGUGAAUUUCACAAUGCUUCUUCACCUCUAUUGGAGAUGAUAGAUUUGUCCAAUAAUUAUUUACAAGGCCCUAUUCCAUUAUCUAUCUUUAACCUCCGAACACUUCGUUUCAUUCAACUUUCUUACAACAAGUUUAAUGGGACAGUAAAGUUGGAUGUCAUUAGAAGGUUAAGUAAUUUAACUGUAUUAGGGCUAUCAUAUAACAAUCUUUUGAUUGAUGUCAACUUCAAAGAUGAUCAUAACAUGUCAUCCUUUCCAAAGUUGAGAGUUCUAGAUUUGGAAUCUUGUAAGCUUUUACAAAUUCCUAGUUUCUUGAAAAACCAAUCCACAAUAUUAUCUAUUCACUUGUCUGACAACAACAUUGAAGGACCAAUACCUAAGUGGAUUUGGCAACUUGAAUCUCUCGUUAGCUUGAAUCUUUCCCAUAAUUUUUUGACAGGUUUGGAAGAAAGUUUUUCGAACUUCAGUUCUAACCUUAACACUGUUGAUCUUAGUUCUAACAACCUCCAGGGGCCAAUUCCUUUAAUUCCAAAGUACGCAGCUUAUUUGGACUAUUCAAGCAACAAAUUCAGCUCUAUCCUUCCGCCAGACAUUGGCAAACACCUCCCUUACAUGAUUUUUUUGUUUCUUUCCAACAACAAAUUUCAAGGAAAAAUCCAUGAUUCUUUUUGUAAUGCAUCUAGUCUAAGGCUGCUAGAUCUUUCCCACAAUAACUUUGGUGGCACAAUUCCAAAGUGCUUGCUGCACUGA